AUGUUUUCUAGAAUCAUAAGAUCAAAUAAUGCACUAAUACAGCGUGCUUCAUUUUCCACACAAUCAGCUCUUUUGAGAAAUGCCCAACCUAAACCAUCAGCAGAAAUUCCAACACCAGAAGCUUUCUUAAAUAAAAUAGGACGUAAUACUAUAGAACAUUUAGAACAUUUCCCAUCAUGGCACGCACUAUUCAAUACCACAUCAAGACAAAUGAAAGAAAAAGGUAUUGAUGUACAAAGUAGAAGAUAUAUUAUAAACAUGUUGGAAAAAUAUAGAUGUGGUGAACCAAUUAAAGAGUUCAAAAAAGGUAAAAAAUCUUACUUUGGUGGUGAAUAUAAGAGAAAAGAAGUUACUGCUAAGAUAUGGGCUGAACAACGUAAACAACGUUAUGAAUUAUUAGAAGCCGAAGAUAAAGCAAACAGAGGAGAAUAA